GUUUGAAGAAUUUACUUCCGGACUCUGUGUGACGUCAUGUGAUUGCGGAAGUAGGAUCCGGGUUUGUUGUGAUGUUGGAGGCAGGAUUUGAGCUCUGCAGCAGGAGAUAAACCCGGGGUCAUGGCGAAGACUGAGGGGUUUCAUCUGGACUUUCAAGAUUUUAAUGGUGAUGAUGAUGGCGUAAGAGACAGGAGCGAUGGAGCCACCACAGUCAAUAUCGAGGACCUGGGCUUCAGGAAAUCUCCGUCACAGCGGCGAGGAGCAGGACUCGAGGACGAGCUGCUGGACGCUGAUGAUCGCACCGAGCUCCUCAGCAGUGAGAGGAAAAGUGCUGCGUUCUGGACUCUGGAGUUUUAUCAGGCUUUCUUCAACGUGGACACGCAUCAGGUGAUGGGAAGAAUUAUCAGCUCGGUGUUGCCAUGGCGUGGAAAAAACUUUGUUCGCCUUCACAUUAGGAACAACCCCGACCUCUAUGGACCGUUUUGGAUCUGCACCACACUGGUGUUCGCCAUCGGUGUGAGCGGGAACAUGUCUAGCUUCCUCGUCAACCGUGGACAGGCCAAGUACAAAUACGUCCCCGAGUUUUGGAAAGUAACGAUGGCUGCUACAGCGAUCUACAGUUACGCUUGGCUCGUUCCUCUGGUGCUUUGGGGUUUUUUAACUUGGAGAAGCAGGAAGAUCUCCAGCACCACAUACUACUCCUUCCUGGAGAUCGUGUGUGUUUAUGGCUACUCGCUCUCCAUCUACAUACCUGCUGUGGUGCUGUGGGUGAUACCGAGUGAGGUUCUCAGGUGGAGCUCCAUCGUGGUGGCUCUCUGUUUGUCCUGCUCAGUUCUGGUGCUGACCUUCUGGCCAGUGGUGAGAGGAGACAGACCUCGUAUCGUCCUCACCGUUCUCUCCUCCAUCAUCAUACUGCACGUUUUACUGACCAUCGGCUGUAAGGCGUAUUUUUUCAGCACUUAUGAUGAACAGAAUCCUGGAAAAAAAUCUGCAGUAGAAACGAGCGCCCCCCAGAGUUUAACUACCGCAAAGACACACUGAUGUCCUUUAGCAGAGCUUCUCUCGUUGCCUCGUUCUCCAGAAUCGGGUUUCACACAGACGAGGUCGUAGGUCAUCAGAACGACACGAGAUCAUCGACUUUGUGUCUGUGGUUUUAAAAAGUGCAAUUACUGCUGAGUUUCAGCUUUUUCGGGACUUUAUUAGUAAUAAUGAUCAGUAAUAAUAAUAAUAAUAAGCUGUUUAGUCUGAAUGCCAAUUUUCUUACUCGGUUUUUAUAUUAUUUCUGGACACUGAACAACACGUGCCUUCUGAAAUAUUUCAUGUUUCACUGCAAACAUGUUUUUUAUGUUCUUUGUAAUAAGAAUAUUAAUAUGUUAGUAUAGAAUGAUAAUAUGUUAUAAAAUAAAAAACAUGAGCUUCAAA